AUGAUCCCGGAGAACACUAAAAUUGGGAAACCCAGCCCUCUGGCAAAUGCUGGUUUUUGGUCGCAGCUUUUUUUAUGCUGGGUGAGUCCUUUGCUACAUCUGGGACACAAGCAAAGACUGGAGGAAAGAGACCUUUAUACAAUCCUUCCUGAAGAUGAAUCAGAAGUACUGGGACAAGAACUUCAGAGGUGCUGGGAUCUUGAAGUUAAAAAGGCCACAAAACAACUGCGGAAGCCCAAACUGACGAAAGUCCUUAUUAAGUGCUAUGGGAAGUCUUACGCUGUAGCAGGAAUCUUCGCAUUUUCCAUGGAGGCCAUUAAAGUCAUCCAGCCACUCCUUCUUGGAAAAAUAAUAAUGUUUUUUGAGAAUUAUGAUGCAGAUGAACACAUAAGCCUUUACUCUGCGUACAGCUGUGCUGCUGCUAUGUGCAUCUCCACCUUCGGCUUAACUAUCCUACAGCAUCUCUACUACUAUUUCGUUGUAAGAACAGGCAUGAAGAUGAGGGUAGCUGUAUGUCACAUUAUAUACUGCAAGGCUCUUCGUCUCAGCAGCCAAGCGAUGGGACAGACCACCACUGGCCAAAUUGUAAACCUUCUUUCAAAUGACGUCAACCGUUUUGAUGAGAUUACACUCAAUCUGCACUAUCUGUGGGUGGGACCUUUACAGGCAGUUGUGAUUAUCACUUUCCUUUGGUAUGAGAUUGGGCCCUCAUGUCUAGCAGGUGUGGCUGUCCUCAUCCUCAUGAUGCCCGUGCAGACAUGGUUUGGAAAGCUUUUUGGAAUCUUCCGGAGUAAAACAGCAGUACUAACUGACACUCGGAUCCGCAUCAUGAACGAAGUCGUGUCUGGAAUCCGAAUCAUCAAGAUGUACGCUUGGGAAAAGCCCUUCUCAUCUCUAGUCACAGAGUCUAGAAGACAGGAAAUAAACCAAAUCAUGAAGAGCUCCUAUCUGCGAGGACUCAACAUGGCCUCGUUCUUUGCCAGCAGUAAAAUUGUGGUUUAUGUCACCUUCUUGGUCUACGCACUGGUGGGCAAUAGCAUCAGCGCCAGUCGAGUUUUCGUCACGGUGUCCCUAUACGGAACCAUCAAGCUCACGGUCACACUCUUCUUCCCACUGGCUAUUGAAAAACUGUCAGAGACCAUCGUCAGUAUUCACAGGAUCAAGAAUUUCCUCCUGCUGGAUGAAAUGAGUACAAGAACGUUAACACUGGAGGAAAAGAACCCAAACAGCAUUGAGUUGAAGAGGCUGACAUGCUACUGGGAUAAGCUUCUGGAUUCACCAUCCCUCCAAGACAUCUCCCUCACUGUGAAAUCACACCAGCUCUUAGCUGUAAUAGGACCAGUGGGGUCAGGAAAGUCGUCCUUGUUGAGCGCCAUUCUGGGCGAGCUAUGUCAAGACACUGGAACCUUGACGGUCAGAGGUCAGCUCAACUAUGCGUCCCAGCAGCCAUGGGUGUUUCCAGGAACCAUUCGGAGUAACAUCCUGUUCGGGAGGAGGAUGGAUCCUGAGAAGUAUGAGCGCAUAUUAAAAGCCUGUGCUCUAAAGAAGGACCUAGAGUUACUCCCGAAUGGAGACCUGACCCUCAUCGGUGACAAGGGAGGCACCCUCAGCGGCGGGCAAAAGGCUCGCAUUAACUUGGCCAGAGCGGUGUAUGAGGAGGCAGAUAUCUACCUCUUGGAUGAUCCUCUGAGCGCUGUGGAUGCCGAGGUUGGAAAAUAUCUCUUUGAGAAGUGCAUCUGUGGCCUGCUGAAGAACAAGUGUCGCAUUCUGGUUACUCACCAACUUCAAAAUCUGGGAGCAGUUGAUCACAUAGUGGUGGUCAAGGAGGGUCGUAUCAUCGCCCAGGGUACCUACAGUGAGUUGCAGAGCUUUGAGCUGGAUGUGGGAUUCCUUACAAAAAGCCAGGAUGAACAGGAACAUCCGUAUUUGUCAGCCAGCUGUGAAAGGGAGUCACUCCUUAGCAAGAAGACAGAUAACUCGAACACUUCGAACCACUCGAACAGCACUCUCCUGCCCCCAGAGGGAAGUGGCCCUGAUCUAUGUCCCGUUGAAAAUGCACAUACUGAAGAGGAGGAGGCCCGUGCUGAAGGAAAUGUCAGUAGGGACAUUUAUGUCAAGUAUUUUACCGCCCACUGUCAUCCUCUGAUCUUACUGGCUAUUGUACUGCUCAGUGUCAUCGCUGAGGCUGCAUACAUUCUACAGGACUGGUGGCUGGUGUUCUGGGCCAAAGAGGAGCUCAACCAGACCAGCACAGUUGUGACUAUUGUGAAAGACACCAAUGAGACUGGCUUACACCAAGGCAACAGUCUACCAUUUUAUCUGGGCAUAUAUUCUGGUUUGACUGCAGCGGCCGUGGUCUUAGGGUAUGUCAGGAGCUUAGUGAUCUUUCACGGGCUAGUGAGAUCCACUCAGAUGUUGCACAACCGCAUGUUCAGCGCUGUCCUCCGAGCACCAGUCCGCUUCUUUGACAUCAACCCAAUAGGAAGAAUCCUCAACCGCUUUUCCAAGGAUAUUAGCCAGAUGGACUCCCUGUUACCACUCACCUUUGUGGACUUUUAUCAACUUUUUUUGCAGAACCUGGGUGUGCUUGCGGUGGCGGCCUCCAUCAUCCCUCUCCUACUACUCUGCAUCACUCCCCUGCUCUUUAUCUUCCUGUACCUGCGACGAUACUAUCUUGCGACAUCACGAGAUAUCAAACGUCUGGAAUCCACAACACGCAGUCCAGUCUUCUCCCAUCUUUCGUCAUCCCUUCAGGGCCUGUGCAGCAUCCGAGCCUUCAGAGGAGAGGAGAGGUUAACCAAAGCUUUUGACUUCCACCAGGACCGACACUCAGAAGCGUGGUUUCUCUUCCUGAUGGCCUCUCGCUGGUUUGCCCUACGUCUGGACAGCAUUUGCUCAGUCUUUAUCACCGUUGCAACAUUUGGGUGCAUUUCACUCCGAGAUGGGUUGGAGGCUGGUGAGGUGGGCCUGGUGCUGACGUACGCCGUGACUCUUGUUGGAAACUUCCAGUGGACCGUGAGGCAAAGUGCAGAGCUGGAGAACAUGAUGACAUCCGUAGAAAGGGUGGUGGAAUACACAGAGUUAAAAGGUGAAGCACCCUGGGAAACCCAGACACGGGCUCCUGUCGAUUGGCCCAGUCGAGGCCAGGUGACCUUUGAGAAGGUGCAUUUGUCAUACAGCGCUGACGGCCCUCUUAUCCUGAAGGACAUCAAUGUCAUCUUCUUCCCCAACGAGAAGGUGGGUGUUGUGGGCCGAACGGGAGCGGGGAAAAGCUCGCUGGUGUCAGCCCUCUUUCGCCUGGUGGAGCCACAAGGGAACAUCUACAUUGAUGGGGUGUUGACCUCAGAGUUGGGCCUGCACGACUUGCGGCAGAAGAUGUCGAUCAUACCUCAGGACCCAGUGCUCUUUACUGAUACAGUGAGGAAGAACCUGGACCCCUUUCACCAGCAUCAGGAUGCUGAACUGUGGACGGCUCUAGAGCAGGUCCAGCUCAAGUACAUGGUGGAGGAGCUUCCAGCAAAGUUAGAGACAGUUCUAGCUGAGUCUGGCUCCAACUUCAGUGUAGGUCAGAGGCAGCUGGUGUGUCUGGCGAGAGCCAUCCUGAGGAGGAACCGCAUCCUCAUCAUCGAUGAGGCCACUGCCAACGUGGACCCCAGGACGGAUGAGCUGAUACAACUAACCAUCCGACGGGAGUUCCAAGAUUGCACUGUGUUAACCAUUGCACACCGACUCAACACAAUCAUAGACAGCGAUCGCAUCCUGGUGCUGGAUGAGGGCAGAGUACAAGAGUUUGAUCGCCCUUUUGUCCUUCUUCAGAACAAAGACGGUGCUCUGUACAGGUUGGUCCAGCAGUUGGGUGAGACUGAGGCUGAAGCUUUGUUGAAGGUGGCUGAACAGGGAGUCCUUCAAAACUGA